GGCUCCGCUGGUUUGAAAUUUGUGCCGCCCGUUUCCAUAUAUAUCUUUAACGUGUGCUUUGGGUGAGUAUUAUGGACUUGGCUAGAGAAUCUCUUUGACGCCACCGAAUGAACAUAAUAUAUGUUCAAAUACUGGACGGUACAUCUGAAUGACUUUAAGGUUGUUGUUUUAAGCAGAUCUAUGGCAGAUGUCAAGAUUCAUACUUUUUUUUUUAUUAUUUAGUUUCGAGUAAUAGUUUGUGUUUUUAUUAUUAACCCUCAAAUAAUAUAUAUGUAAUUUUUUAUAUAUAUUUUUUUUUGCCCAACAACUUCUUUCUCUAUGAUCAAACGAAUGCUCACGCAGCUGUGCAUGGGGAUGGACUUGAAGAAUCCCGGCCCGGUACUGUCAGGGCCGCAUUGACCGCUUCCACGUUGCAUAGUUUGAGAUUGAAGUACCUACUUAGGGAUUUUUGUACAGGAUCGUAUGGAAACUCAAGUCAACCCCUGACUGAGGACUUAACCAAUAUUUAUUUCAUUUUAAUAUUAAAACUAGCUUGAAAUUAAAAACGAAAUUGAGGGCAUGGGGGGGGGGGGGACGGCGUUGACACAUACUCUAGACUUUUUGAAACCCCCCGGCCUGGGAUAGCGGUUGUUAUAAGCUGGUUNAAUUAAAAACGAAAUUGGGGGGGUGGGGGGGGGGGGGACGGCGUUGACACAUACUCUAGACUUUUUGAAACCCCCCGGCCUGGGAUAGCUGUUGUUAUAAGCUGGUUGGCAGUCUUCGCACCAAUCCAUAAGCUGGUUGGCAGUCUUCACACCAUUACAUAAGCUGGUUGGCAGUAUUCACACCACUACAUAAGCUGGUUGGCAGUCUUCACACCACUACAUAAGCUGGUUGGCAAUCUUCACACCGAUCCAUAAGCUGGUUGGCAGUCUAAAACCAAUCCAUAAGCUGGUUGGCAGUCUUUACACCAAUCCAUAAGCUGGUUGGCAGUCUUCACACCACUCCAUAAGCUGGUUGGCAGUCUUCACACCACUAAAUAAGCUGGUUGGCAGUAUUCACACCACUACAUAAGCUGGUUGGCAGUUUUCACACCGAUCCAUAAGCUGGUUGGCAGUCUUCACACCACUCCAAUUAACUUUAACUAAUCUUAAUCACAAAUCUUUUUUGUUGGUUUAAAAAAGUAUAUUCUAAAGAUGCUUCAAAUUUACUUUUUAAUGAAAAUAAUCAAUUUUGUUGUAAUGAUCUAAGUGACGCGUCGACCAUGGAAAGAUUUCAAAUACUUCCAGUGCUUGCUCUUGGUCUGCACCUCAUCUGCGGCCUUUCAGCUUGUAAGUUUUGUUUUCUUAUCAUUUAUAUAUAUAUUUAUUUAUAUAUAUAUAUAUAUAUAUAUAUAUAUAUAUAUAUAUAUAUAUAUAUAAUUUAUUUAUAUAUACGUAAUAGAUAUAUAUUUUUAAAAUUGUAUAUUUAAAACGCAUCACAAAUACAUGUCGUUGCCUGGAUUGUUAGAAUUAACAAGUGUGAGAACUUUCGGUGGUUUUAGUAGUUCAGCCUUGCCUCUCUUCGUCGCAAAAUUUUUCAUUUAAUAUACAUACUCAUUUAUUUUCGUUAUUUGUUUUAUUUUUCUUACUUACGAUUUUAAGUACUUUGACUUCAAGUACUCUGAUUUAAAGUAAUUUUAUUUUAAGUACUUUAAUUUUAAGUACAUUGAAUUUAAAAAUAAAUUCCCCUUUAUUAUUUUAAAUUGAUUUCUUCUUGUACCUCUCGAAGUGGAUUGUAAUGAUCUCAAGUGGCGAGAGAAUCCUGUGGAUGUGUUUGAAGUGAAAGCAAAUUUCGCUCUGGAUUGUGGAAAAAAUUCUGCACCUGAUCUUAAGUAAUAAUUUUCAUACAUUUGCUGACUUUUUUAUUGUUAAUUCUAUCUGCAUUGUUCAUUAUGUGUCACUUUGACUGACACUUAUAAAUUUAUAUACCAUCCGUACAAACAAGAGUUAUACCAAUAGUACAAAGACCGACCCCUAGUCGCGACAAUAAAAAGGCAGACUGCUCUGGGCAGCACAUAUUGAAAGGAUGCUGAAUUGUAAAGCAACAAAAUAGAUAUACGGGCAGAAACCUGGGGGCAGACGGCUCGCCAGUCGUCCAAAACUGAAAUGGAUCAGGAAUGUAGAGAAGGUUUUACACCAGCUGGGGGUUCGCGGAUGAAGGUGGACAGCCUUGGAUUGAUCCGAACGGAAGGAUGUGGUGGAGUAGGCCAGGGCCCUACACCGGCUGUAGCGCCACUAAUGAUGAUGAUGACUUCAUCGCAAAUGUUGUUUGAAGCAUAAUUUAAACUUUUAAAUUAUUCGUUAUUUUGAUGAAAUAUUCUGUUGUUUUUUUAAAGAGUUGACAAAUAUGUAUGAAUUUUUAUGUAGUAAAUUCAUUUCAACCUUAAAAGUUGUUAAAAUAGUUAUACCUUUUAUGCUGUGGUCAAGAGAGGAGGGGACACGAAAAGUUACUGACAUAGAUUGGACUUAGUUUGACAAGCCAAUGAUAAAAACCAAAGCAAAAACUGACAAAGUGGUCAGAGAGAUUGCUUGAGAGUGCUGGUAGCUUCACAGGGCGAAAACUCUCGCAGCCGAGUAGACAGUAGACGCCAUGUUCUUUUGUUGCUGAGCGGUCCGGAAAACGAUCAAACAUUUGAUAAAAAUAACUUUACAAGAGUGUUAUCAGUUUGCGUAAACUGGAUGUUGCUGGGUGAGGCCAGGGCGAUGAAAGAGUCCGACGUUCAGACAACAUUGUAUGGCAUCGCCAAACAGAUGGAGGUGGUUGCAAUCUACUAGCCUGGGCUGUUGCCACUCUACUAGCCUGGGCUGUUGCCAAACAGAUGGAGGUGGUUGCCACUCUACUAGCCUGGGCUGUUGUCAAACAGAUGGGCCUGGUUGCCGGUAUACUAGAUUUAAUUGUUGCCAAACAGAUGGAGGUGGUUGCCACUCUACUAGCCUUGGCUGUUGCCUGCCAAACUGAUGGAGCUGGUUGUCGAUGUACUGGCCUGGGCUGUUAAAAGCUUCAGCUCAAGCUCCAGCCAGAAUAUGUACACCAAAAGUGUAGUAGAUAAUUUCACUUGACAACAACAGCGAUGUAUAAUGUAUAUGUAGAUGUUUAAAUUAACAUUGAAUGUAGUAGCGCAUAACCAUGUAGCCAACUCAAGGAAAACAAUCUUCCAGGUACACGUGGACCAAGGAGGACAAACCUGUUAUUGAAAGCUCUACUGUUAAAUCUCGUGGACCUACUGUGCAAUUCUUAAACUUUUCUGAGUCAGAUGAGGGCCUGUACAAGUGUUAUGGACUGAGUCCUCACUCUAAAGGCUUGGAUACUAAGACACUCUUACGAACCAUCAGGCUACGCCAACCUCGUAUGUUCUUUAAGAAUUAGCAUGCGCCUAAUUUUGUCUAAUCCAUUAAACCAAUUCUGUACGCCCCCCUCCACCCAAAGCAACGCACACAAGCCAAAUGCACAUGAUAAUAAAUAGAGUCGUAGUUUGAAUACCGGUACUUUGGAAAAAAUGUUAUUGUGAAUUUUAAUCUAAUCGUGCAAAUAAAAUAGUGUAUAAAUAAUUAUUUUUAAAAGGCAUCAGUUUUAUUGAAAUUUCGGAAAGAAAUUAUUUUAAAACUACAGCGUGGUGCUGUUGCCGUGCCUUCAAUGAUUUCUUGUACAAGUACAACGAAGUUGUGUUGUUGUUGUUUUUGCCCAUCAGCAUUUUGUACCCCAAGGGCUCAGCAAACUUGCUUCAAAAUGUAUGAAUGUGUGACUGUUAGCGAAGGUACCCGGAUUUACAUGUGAUUGCCCCGAGCUUUGUACCCCACGGGUUCAGUAAACUUGCUUGAUUGCCUCGAAAUCAAUCGAAUAAACGUGUUCCCGUCUCCUCUUUAUAGCUAGAGUGCCGCCUUUGACUAGCAAGCACAAAAUUUGCAUUAAAGUUAGUGGAUACGAAGCUCUGUUAAGUGGUAAAGGUGCGACUAAGAAGUUAUUUUUUUUUUUAUUUUUUUUUUAUUUUGCAUCUAAAUGCGGGAAAUUCCUGCAAGGGCUUUGUGAGCAAUGUUUGGUCACUUAAUCAGAUGGGUCAGCUUCAACGGACUGUGAACUCACCAGUGUCACGCCAAUUUCUUUAUAUUCUAAAGACAAUGAAACCAAGUGAUUAGAUUUGUAUGUUAGUUUUCGGGGUCAGUCGUAAUUUCGCAACGAUUUUUUAGCUGUCAUCGAAUGUAGACCCUGGUCUAGUCCAUCAAAUGUAGACCCUAGUCUAGUCCAUCGAAUUUAGGUUCUGGUGUAGUCCAUCGAAUGUAGACCCUACCCAUGUCAAUCGAAUAUAGACUCUAGUCUAGUCCAUCGAAUGUAGAACCCAGUCUUGACAAUCGAAUGUUGACUCUGGGCUAAUGUUUUUUUCCCCUAACUUUUAAGCGUGGUUGACCUGUCCACAAUACCAGUAGAAGAUAUAUUCUUCUUCUUCUUCUAUAUCUUAAGGGCCCACGAUCAAUUUAAGCAUAUAAUCUCCAUAAAUAAAUAAAUAAUAAAUAAGCAUACAUUUUAAACACUGUAAUUAUUCAUGUUAAUGCGGACCUGCAACCAAUGGCUCGCGGUCCGGUGCCUGUAUGCGGGCCAUCAUCGAAGUGAAGGAUGCCCUAGGGUUUUUGAAAUGGUCUGUAAUAUUAAAAGAAUAAAUUCCUGCAAAUUGUUUAUCGUUAUAACAUUAUUACUUGUUAUUUUUUCUUUAUUUUGUAUAUGUAGCUUUAGUGAGAUUAAAAACUUCAGUCUUGGUAGAGGUCACCGAUAGAUGCAAAAAUAUGUAACAGUAUAUUUUUUUUUAACAUGACUCAAUUUAAGAUUUAGUGUGUUCCUAAUGACGUCCAUUGCAUUCAAAUACACAUUCAUGUGUAAACUAUUUUUAUUUAGUAAUAAACAAACAUCAAACGAGACAUUUUCUACUAAAUUAUUUUUUUAAAAUAAACAUUCAGCCCAUCUAUAUUUUUUAACACUUAUAGCCAAAUUAUAUGCGUCUUUAAAAAAUGUUGCAUACGUAAUUUAACUCAAAUGUCAUGAGUUGACUGUGAAAGAUUUGUUAAAAUACCAAUGCUGAACAAAAAAAAUCAUAAUUAUAGAAAAAUAAAGACAUUUUUUAAAAUGCUUUAUUUGAUUAAAGAAUAAAUUACCAUCAAUUUAAAGGUUUUCUUACCAUUUACCUAUGACUGUAUGCUACUCCCUGAUAUAAAACUGAUAUUUUUAGUAUUUGAUUACCUAUGUUUUGUGUGCAAUCCCAAAAUUAUCUAUUCAGAUUUUGCAGUCAUCCCAAAAUGACGGAUUUUUUAUUAAAAUAUUUCAUGUCAGGACUUACAAAAUUCAUACGAAAAGGAAAAGAGGACCACACAGUUCGGGAGUACGACUACGUACGCUUGGACUGCAGCGACAAGGGUGUCAUCAUUGGCGAUACUUUCGACUAUAAUUGGUACAGAAACUUCAUCGUUCAGAUACCUCACGAAAGUGAAAGAAUGUAUACUGAUCUAACAGGUAUCUAUCUAUCUAGAAGGCUCUUCACGUGUGGUAGGUAGGAUAAGAAAGAUUGGCUUUGUUAUUUGAACGCUAUGGUGUACCAUGACCAGUAAAACAAUAACACCUUGUUUUACACCAGAAGAGCGAGGCAAGCUUUAUUUCGCCAAGCUCAGCUCCAGGUCCACUCUGAACAUUUUUUGUUUAGAUCCAGCUCCGCUCCAGGUCCACUCUGAACAUAUUUUUUUGUUUAGAUCCAGCUCCGCUCCAGGUCCACUCUGAACAUUUUUUUGUUGAGAUCCAGCUCCGCUCCAGGUCCACUCUGGACAUUUUUUUGUUUAGAUCCAGCUCCGCUCCAGGUCCACUCCGGACAAUUUUUUUUUAGCUCCAGCUCAGCGCCGAGCCUCUUCGAAAUUAAACAAAUAAUAUAUUAUAUAAGAAUGGGCUACACUGACAUAACGCUAAAAGACACAAACUAUUUUGGUACGUUAGGAUUCUUAAAAACAAUCAUAGUUAUGUUCUAUUAUUUGACGGAAAUCGAAUCAAUUGACCUGCGCAUAAAAAUAUUUUAUAUCCGUUCUUAUUUUAGAAAAAAGUUUAAUUAUAAUUAUUAUUAUCAUUAUUAUUAUUAUUAUUAUUAUUAUAAAUUACAAAUAUCUUUAAACUAACAACUAAUGAACUAUUUUAAGCAUUUUAUCCGAAUGUAAAAAUAUGGGAAAAAAAAUAUAUUAAUCAAACUGUUAUGGUCUAAGAAUUGCACCUCAAUCACAUUUAUCGGGAAAACCCAAACAUCUGUUAUUCAUAGUGCGUAUUUUAGUGCGUUUUUAAUAUUGCGAAAUAAAAAUAAAAUUAAUUUGAUCUCAAUAAUUACACAAAUGACGCCAUAACGCGAUUUCCCUAUUUUGGCCACAGCUCUAAGUAUUUUUAAAUAUAUUUUAUAACCAUGUGUGACAAAACUGAUAAUGUAUUUUCCCCUUCUUGAAAGUAAACUUAAUACAUACUUUUUAAAUUGCAAAAAUUUUCUAAAAUUAAAUACAACUUUAGUUUUGUAUUUUUAACAUUUAAUAAGUUUUUACUUUUAUUCUUCCAAAAAAAUAUACUUAUAUGAAAUUUAUAAAGUAGUUAAAAUUUUACCCGCUAAAUAUACUUUUAAUACGAAAAUACCGUUUAAUGCAAUCAGUGCAGCCAAACUACAUAUCCAAAUAGCAUUCACUAAUGCACUUAUCUUUCAUCAAAAUAAGAACAAAGUAUGUGAAAUGCAAAAAUUUGUUUUUGCGUAUAAGAAAAGGGGUUACAAUACCGUGUAUGAUUUUAUUAAUUUUUUUGAAACUCAAGGUUUUUUGUAGGGGGGGGGUUGUUGUUUGUUUUGUUUGUUUGUUUGUUUGUUUGUUUGGUUGGUUGGUUUUUUUUUGUUUAUUUUGGGGGGGGGGCGGGGGGCGGUGAAGAAGCACUACAAUAGUUUCAUUUGCUCAUGGCAGCAAACGAUGCGCCUUAGAAUGAAAGUGACACAUAAUCAACCUUCCUAGGCAUUUAUAUGUGGGGGAUUUGUUUGUUUGUUUGGUUGGUUGGUUUUUUUUUGUUUAUUUUGGGGGGGGGGCGGGGAGCGGUGAAGAAGCACUACAAUAGUUUCAUUUGCUCAUGGCAGCAAACGAUGCGCCUUAGAAUGAAAGUGACACAUAAUCAACCUUCCUAGGCAUUUAUAUGUGGGGGUUAGGAAAUAGGGUGUGUACAAUUUUAACGUGGGUGACCAUUUCUUUAAAUCCAUUAUCAAUUAAGAAAGAGAUGUUGCAUUCUCAUUUUACCCAUUAACAAAACGUUAUUACAUUUACACAAUUAUACCAACCAAUGUCAAAAUCCAGUCAUUUUCAAUGAAAAUUUAAUUUUCAAAAUAGAAAUAGGUUAAGACUUUCGUAGAUGAUAGAUAGAUAUAGAUAGACGUAGAUGAAAGAUAGAUGGAUGGAUGGAUGGAUGGAUGGAUGGAUGGAUGGAUGGAUGGAUGGGUGGGUGGGUGGAUGGAUGGAUGGAUGGAUGGAUGGAUGGAUGGAUGGAUGGAUGGAUGGAUGGAUGGAUGGAUGAAUAGGAUAGGAUAGGAUAGAAUAGGAUAGGAUAGAAUAGAAUAGGAUAGGAUAGAAUAGGAUAGGAUAGUAUAGGAAGGAAGGAAGAAAGGAAGGAUGGGUGGAUGGAUGGAUGGGUGGAUGGAUGGAUAGUAUGGAUGGAUAGUAUGGAUGGAUAGUAUGGAUGGAUAGUAUGGAUGGAUAGUAUGGAUGGAUAGUAUGGAUGGAUAGUAUGGAUGGAUGGAUGGGAUAUGAUUGGAUGGAUGGAUUGAUGGAUGGGAGGGUGGGUGGGUGGAUGGAUGGAUCGUUUGAUCGAUGGAUCGAUGGAUAGACAGAUUGCUUCCUUGAAUAGCUGCGCAAAAGGUAUCUUUUUUCGGUAAAACUAUGUUUAUACGUAUAUAAAAUUUAAUGUAUGUAUAUAUGUCCUGAAUGCGCUCCAAUACCAUUCAUACGAUUGCGAUAAAUCUUUGUGAGUUGUGCAUACGACAGUAAAUUUGCCUGUAUUACUACACACAUUUUACAAUAUUCCGCUUGGGGCCCAAGGCCCUAAAUUCUUAUAUUUUCUGUCAUACUGUCAAUGACAGUGUCAUGAGCUAGAUAUAAUUUCCGUACGCUUUCCUAUGCCAUUCAUCCGAUUGCGAUCAAAUUUUGGUAAAUUGUUGUGCGCAAGCUGCAAAUUAUUUUGUUCUUAUAGGAGCUAUACACAUAUAAUUUUAAACAGAGCUAUUGCAUGGGUGGAUAAAAUUGAAUAAAAUUCAAGCGGGAUUUCCGUUUGUGUGACAUAAUAAUUAAAUUUCUGAAUUAAAAACCAUUUUACAGUUUUGCGUUUGGGGCCGGGGGUCCUUAUUUUUUUAUAUAUAAAGGGUGGAUCAAUCGCUAUAAGUGUGUGGACUAAAUUGUGAAAAUCCAUGCUUCUCCCGUUGACAGCUGUAUGUGGCCUGCUCACGUUGACAGCUGUAUGGGGCCUGCUCACGUUGACAGCUGUAUGGGGCCUGCUCUCGUUGACAGCUGUAUGGGGCCUGCUCUCGUUGACAGCUGUAUGUGGCCUGCUCUCAUUGACAGCUGUAUGGGGCCUGCUCUCGUUGACAGCUGUAUGGGGCCUGCUCUCGUUGACAGCUGUAUGUGGCCUGCUCACAUUGACAGCUGUCUGUUGCCUGCUCUCGCGUCGAAAAGCUUCUAAUUUAUUUUUGUACGCACCAGACGGAACAAAAAAAAUUCUAUUUGAAAAUUACUUCAAAAACCUAAUUAUAACACUUUUUUCUUUGAGUGACAUUGCAACGCAUGCCGGGUUCUCGCUAGUUGUAUAGAUAAUAUUUUAGUUGGCGAAAGGGGAAAUAAAUUACAUGUUCAUUUAAUUUUCUAUUCCAUUUUUAUGAUUAUUAUAAAUAAUUUAUUUUGUAAAAGUGCGACACAGAUUUUGUACUUACCCAAUUUUUCGAUUUAAAGAAAAUCAAAACUCAUUAAUCUCUAACACCCAAAAUUUAAUUACGUUGUUUUUUUGUUUUUUUAAAUAACUCCCUUGAUGUCGUUGAAAUAUGUAAAUCGUUUUAAGAGGGACACUAUUCCAUGUUCUGACAAGACAACGCUGUUUUAGUGGUUUCCUUCUCUUAGUAUGCGUUCCAAAUUUAUGCAGAAAGACUUGUUAUUUUACUUUCAAAGAAUUGUAGAUUAUUACACAUGAGAACUAAAAGGUGGACAUAAUGGUAUUUAUGUGUUAAAAAAUGUCAUAAAAAAUGUCAUACAACAUAACCUUCAUAGAAAGGUCAUUAUUUUUCAAUAAAACCGGUGUUAAUUAUCUCUCCUUACUUGAUCAAGUUGCUAUGGGCCAGGCAACAAAUAAUCAUACGUUUUAAAUAAACAGUAAAAUGACUGCGUUUCAGGAAAUCUCCACAUCACACCGGUUCUAAGUGAAGAUGAAAGAUUUGGCGGAAAGCCUGCAAAAUUUUAUUGCGGUGUAACAGACAUGUGGAAGUUAAAACUCGGGUACUAUGGAAAUGACAAUUACCUAACUGUGAAAAAAGUGCCAGGUACGUCCGGCUAUAAAUGUGCGUGUUGUAUUUGUAAGUAAAUUGACAGGCAAAGUACAUUGCAGGUGUAGUUUACUCGUUAAAACAUUUGAUAUUAUCUCUCUUGCAGUUGCGUCCCAGUCCAAACCAAUUCUGAAACACAAGAGCGAGCAUGCGACAGCUCCCUUGUACAAGACUGCUAAACUGGAAUGUGUCUUCUCUGGCUAGUAAGUCAUGCUACUAUUAUAAGAACAUCGUGUUUUUGUUCAGCAGGUUUUGUUCUUGAGAGCAAUGCAUCAAUGCGUAGAAUUAUGAUUCAUAAAUGCUGUACAGAAACACAACAGAAAUAUAUUUAUUAAGGAAAUCAUCAUAAAUCUCAGAAAUGAAGAUCUAAUCUAUAUAUAUAUAUAUUCCGGUUCUGGUGUGGCUGCUUCCAUUUCUGGCUGCAGCCUAACCAGCUUGCUUCUUCCUUUUCGGAGUAUUUGGUACUGAGAUUAUUCUCGUGGCUUUUCCUAUGUGUUUUGUAUUUUGUGACAUAAAUUUGGGUAUGGAAAUGGCGUUGUUAUUGCUGUAAUGUUUUAGCAGGAGCAGCAGUGAUGGCGUAGUAAUAGUUUGUUAGUAAUAGAGUCUUUACUUUGUUUGAUAUAAUGCGUCUGCGUUUGGUGCGUAAUAUUUUCUUGUUGGAAAAUGAAAUCGUCUCAAUUUAAAUAUUAUGUCAUAAAUAUUUGGUUUAAAAAGGGUUGGGACAUUUUUUUAUAUAUUUUUUUUGCUGGCAUCCGUCCGUCACAAUGUGACGAUGGAGUGGGCUUCGUAGGACGAAAUCCACAUAGCCUGGGAUUAUUAUACUUGAAGGAUUAUAAGCUGGUUCCCAACAGCAAAUCGCCUCUCUCCACGCCGCUGGGUAACCCAAGGGAACAUCAUUGGAUGAUACAGCUUGGCACCAGUGACGUCGAGGAGUUGUCGGAAUGUUUCAUUGUAUCAAUGUUAUCCGCCUUUCGGGACUCCAUCUCCGGGUUUGAUUUCAGAGUUUCCUUCUCUUUGAUGAGUUGCCGUCCAAGGUUAACGAGUCCCAUCUACCCGGGGACAUCAGAAUAUAAAUAUAGUUCGUAGGCGUGAAAUAAAAAUUGUGCAGUGACGUAUCAUGGAUGGAAGGUGUGUAGCUAAAAAUUGGGAUUCUCCAAUCGUAAAUCUCAGACAUCAGUGCAGAAAGUGAUCGUUAAAUUGAUUCAAUAUUAUUGUUGCAUAAGUAAACCCCUUUAUUUCAAUAUCAUGGUUUGUUCUCGCCAAGUCGUUACCCGAGAAGGGAUUCUAGUAGUAAAUCUUCCUGAUUUUAGAGUUAAAUUACUUUAACUUUAAUUCAAACACCAUCUCUUGAAAUUUUCAUCGGAAAAAUUACACACAACAUAUUGUUGAUGUCAUUGAUUUUUUAAAUAAUUUUAUCGUUAAAGUUCUUAUUACAAUCAUCAUUUCAUCUUGUACAAGUCAUGUAACACUAAGACGUAAACUAAGACCUAAACUUUUAUCAAUUGUUUUUUAACGAUUGAAAGGAUUUUUUUUUAUUUUUUUUUUUGUUUCCAGCCAUCCUAAAGUUGGUAUGUCUGUCAAACAGUUGGUUCCUACCGAACGGUUCACCCGUGGUGCAGACUGGGGGCUGGGGAUUCCAGAAAUACAAGUUGUCGUUCAACAACAGGAGACUGUACAUAUUCGACGUCAGAGAAAGUGAUGGCGGAGUGUACCAGUGCCAGGCUGAAAAUGGGGUAGGCGUGUCGACCAGAGAAGAUGUUCAACUGGAAGUAACGUGUAACUGAACACUAGGACAUCCAUGUCUGUAUACAAGACAUCACGUCAAGAACUGACAUCUAAGUAGUCAUAAUUAUCUUCUUUAUCUCUUAAGAGUGUUUGUUUUAAACUCAUAUCAGAAUGAUCCCUACAUUGAUCGUGAACCCUUGAUAUAAUUUUAAAAAAACAAAACAUUUUCAUUUGUUAUGGCAAAUUUUUGGAUUUAAAAAAAAAAAAAAAAAAGAAGAAAAUUCCGAGCACGGCUUGUAUUAAAAUGUUGGCUGACUUAAGUAAGCUGUGCUGUCCUACCACUUUGUUUGCUCUAGAUACCGGUACACGGAAGCUAGAGACAUGUGGGCUGAAAAAUGCUGAAAACGAUAGACAAUAAAAGUUUGAUUAAUCC